CGAUAAUUCAACAUGGCGGCCAGCGCGAAAGAUGAACUUGGUAAGUGAUUUUGCUACUAUUUCACCGAUAAAUUUUACACCAGUCACAGUUAAAUGAUAAACAGAAGUCAACGAAUGUGUUGCCAAUGUUUGCUAUUUAUAGAACUACUCGAGAGAGUUUUCCUUCGUAUCGCAUCAGCUGAAACAGAUGACCAGCUUGAGAAAACUGUGGGGAAUUUCUUGAGCCCCAUUUUGCUAAAAGUUGCAAGUCCACACCAGGAAGUCAAAAAUAAGGUGAAUGAAAGGACAGUAAUUAUAUUUUCUUAAAAUUCAUGGUUAGAUUUAGGAUCACUAGUCUUUAAUUAAAUAAAGAAUCACACAGUUGUUGAUUGAUGACACAGCAGCAAUUUAAGGUUAAUCUUAAACUCAAGCUUAUAAAAGCUUCAUUUCUUCUGAAUGUAGGUGAUGACUUUGCUGACCCAUCUAAACAAGCGUUUAAAAAGCCGACCAAAGAUUCGACUCCCAGUCGAUUCACUAUUUGCACAAUAUCAAGUGAGUUUAAUUUUAUGAUUAUUUUUUAUUUAUGCUGUGGUUCAAUUUUAUCCUUGGUUUAAUUUUAAUUUCCCUUUGUUUUUGGGUAUGGUAAUGUAUGGUAAUGAAACCAAGGACAAAAUUGAACCACAACAUUUUCAUCAAAAUGAUGUUGGCAAAUUGGGAAGGGGCUGGCGUAGAAAGGUAUCAAGUAUAUACUCAAACUCUUGCCCUACCCACCUCUUCCUUCUUUUUUUCAAUUGGUUCUUGGCAGAUUUGGUUUAAGUUAUUGGUGUGGCAGUACACACAAGCAAAUCGCGAAAAGUGAAAAAAAGUGAUUAUUGACAGCUGGGAAAAAGUAAGCCUUGACAAAAAAAGCCUACAGAUAUUUCAGGCUAAAAGCUGUGAUUUUAUUUUGAACCCUGAGUUUAUAUGUAGUAUCUUUCUAAUGACAGGAUUGACCUCUGAUCUGCUCUGAUUCAGUUGCUUAUGGUAUAACUGCGGAGUGUAAUCUCUGUAAACUAAAGAAAUGUUUUCCCCUCCCCCCUCUACUCAGGCAGAAAAUAAUUUUGGCAAAUCUUAACAGAGAAUUAUGAAAUGUAAACUGCAAAAUCUAAUUGAGGCAAUAACAUUAAUCUCAAUGGACAAGUUGCUUGUUAACCCAAAAUUUAAUGUGUUGACCAUCAUCUUGUAGGAUUCUUCAGUUCCUGCCUUUGUUUCUGUAAGUAGAUAUUAAUGUUUUAUUAGUACACAAAUUAAAAUCAAAUUCCUUUAAGUAUUGCUCAAAAGACUUAGAACUGAUAACCAUUAGCUUUCUAGUACUUGGAGUCCCUUGCAUUACUGGAAGUGACAAGAGAUGCCAGCAUUUGCAGUUAACAGUUUGGUUUCUUUCUUCACGUAUCAUGAAUGUCGUAGCAUGCUAAAAAUAAUAUUUACAAUAAUUAUAAUAUUUUGAUUUGUUUUUUAGUUAUAUAGUUUUAAAUGAACUCAGCAUCAGAAUCAAUGGAAGCACUGGGAAGUUUAGAAACAAACGUCAAAUGCAAACAAACCACUGGAAGAUGUAACUUUGAAAAACUAAAAGAGACUCUAGUAAGAGACUCUAGUCUGUGGUUCAGCCAAACUUUGCACUUAUUUAAGACUUAAGAGAAACAUUUUUUCAUAAUAGUCCAAGGUUUUUUUUUUAUCUAGGUCUUGAGUGAUAAGCCUGGCUGUAAUGCUGGCUAUUGACUGAUAAUUCUUUGUUGCACAGAAUUUUGCCAUCUUAUACUUAAGAAUGGGGUUCCCCAGACUGCCAAUUGACAGACAAGUGCAGUUAGCACCACAGCUAAUAAGCUGCGUCAGUGGAAAACCCUCACCUCAACAGGACUGGUGAGUUGAUUAAUAUGGGUUCUCUUUUUAUGCAAUAUUAUAUUAUAAGGCUAUACCUGAUAACUUUUUGUGGCACCACAUAAAGCUAUCUGUGUGGUAUGAACAGCAACGGUGUGGGGUAGCACACGUCAUUCACAUACAUCAAACAUCAUGCCAGUACAUGCAGUUUGGAUAAGAUACCCUGGGUGCCAGAGACUUUUCUAGGUCAGUUUCUGGUUUCUGUCAAGUCUUUAUAGUGACCCGCGCUUUGCUUCUCGUGGCUUCCGCAUAUGGCCAAAGAUGUGGCGGCCUUCGGCCAACACCAAAAAUUCCCGCCACAUGCGAGGAAAACCUCUGGUACUUAGGGUAUGGAUAAGAUCAAGGCUUGGUGUACUAAAUUCCAGUCCUUGCUUUUGAAUAUUUACCCAGUGUGUUACAGUAUUCACUCCCACUUAUUUACUUCCGUGAUGGGCCGAAUAGGCGUUCAAACUGCACCAAAUUAUGGCACAAUGCCUAUCUGAUAUGUGACACCCCACUUUCACGAUUGCCACUAAUUCUGGGUUAUCUUAAUCCUGCUUUAAAUAACUGGUCCCUGAUACAGUAAAUCUUCCAAUUUUUAUCUUUGCUUUAUUUUCAGCCUUCUUCAGCUGGUUUUGCCAAUUUUAGGCCAAGUUAAGAUUCCUGAAUCUAAAGAAGACAGACAAAAGAUGUUUGAGUUCACAGAGAAACCAGAAGUCAUGCAGAUAUUAUUGGAUUUUCUUUUAGAUGCUCUCUUGAUGCCAUACAGGUAAAGUUUAUGUUAAAGGUGUGUUUUAUGUUUCAGCAUUACAUUUACAGUUAAGCCUAUGUCUUCACAAAACUUUGAAUUGUGUUUCAUCUGAUACUUUUCAUUACUUUGUUUUCAGCACUACACCAAGGCAACCAAUAUCUACAACUGAUUUAUCCUCAGGAUCAAACACAGCAGCAGAAGCAGAGCAGUCUUCAGCUAUGACUUCUCAGUCAGUAGCUCCUCCAGGGCUGAGUAUAGCAGCGGUAAAACGUGUCACUGCAGACUCGCCAUUGGAGCCUAACACACUGGAACAGGUGAUAAUAUGUAUUAGACAUUAUAUUCUCGGUUUUCACAUGACGUCAUCAAAAUUCAAACUAAGAAACUAUCGAUUCUUCUGAGAUUCUGAGUUUCAUGAGGUAUUACAGCACCUAAACACCUUUAUUUAAACAGAGGUUUGGUUCGAAAGGGUUCUUCGUUUUGCGAUAGAGGACGUUUGAAUUUCUAGGCUUUUGCGUGACGCGGCAUUUAGCUGGCGGCCGGGACUGCUCUUCUGUGGGUUAAAAACAUUACCAGUUUUGGGAGAUUUUGCUAUCUAAACAUUCCUUCUGUCAGAAUAAAUAUCACUUUAAUAGUUUAUGAGUUUUUUUAAGCGAUGAAUUAACGCAUUAGUAGGAAAACUCAAAAACAGAUGUUUCUGUUGGUUUCCGGCGGCCAUAUUUGUGCCCCUCAAAGGGACACAAACAUGGCGCCUCCAUACAAAGCUCUAUAAAUUUGGGUAAAACGUUUUUCCUAAUAUCUCGCAUAUGAAAUAUCGCACAGACCUGAUUCUUGGCAAGGUCUUUUGCUUAUUUAUCUUCUUUUAUUUCCAAGAUUCGGGACUUUCUGUAUCGAAUGGUUUGCAAUUUUAUUUUUGAUUGCGUGACAGUGAAAACCGAGAAUAUGUACUCUGGAAUUUGUCCACAAACUUAGAAUUGCCUUGAAUAGUAAAAAAUAUUUCAAAUUUUAUAGUGCUGCCUGUAACAUAGCACCUUUUUGGGGUGCUCCUCUUUUGGAAAGGGAAAGGGGUGCUUUUUGUAUUUUUCUAGUGUACAGAAUAUUUGAAUGCCUUUUUGGGUGCGCAAGACAAUGCCCCAAAUGACUCCUGAGCUAAUACCAAUUUUUUCUCUUAAUCCAGGCAAACUAACUGGAGUAUCUAGCUAUUUAUCAGAAGUAUUUGGGGCUUUUCCAGGUUCCAUUUUAUUUUUUCAAAAGUGUCUGCCUCAAAGAAACAAUUUGAUUGUACUUUAUUAUUGUUUUCUUUUCUCAGGUAAAGCUUGGAGUUCUCAGAUUUCUGGCUUCUGAUUUAUUUGAGCCAACUGAUGUUCUCUGUCAUUUCAUUGUUGCAACUGGAGACACUAGACAUAGGUAUGUUAUAAUCCAGCUGUAUAUUAAAUUAGCAUAGCAAAUCAAUAGCAGCACCUUGUACAAGAGUCAUCUUAAUGAUAUUGUUACUAACAGUUGAUUCAAUAAAUUAAACAAAAAAAUCUGAUCAAGAGUGAGGGAUAAAAUUAUAGAAAAAAUGUUUGAUCUCACAUUUCCUACAGCAUCUGUCUGUCUUGUUCAUGAAUCACCUUGGCCAUGAUCACAAAACAACCUUCACCUUGAGUCCUAGGUGAUCCUGUGAACAAGAAGAACAGACACUGCCAAAAAUGUGGGAAUAACACUGCUAUUGUUUUUGACUUUGUAUUACUUUUGCACUGCAAAUGAAUGUGUUUGCCUAAUGGCAUUUGCUCUUGGUUUUGUUGAGGCAUUUUGUAUAUUUACAUAGUUAUUUACCUUUGUUCUGAUAGAUCAAAGUAAUUUUUGUCAACAGUUUAACAGAUACAGGGGACUAUGAACUGAAGAGAAUUGCCAGGUGAGAGUGAUCUUUAAUGCUGCGCACAGCCAUUUAUGCUCUUUCAUUAUGGGUUCCAUCCUUACUUUUAUUGUUCAAUUUAUUGUUCUGAUUCAAUGAUUGUAAUUAAAAAUUAAUUGGGUUCUUUUGUUGUCUUUAAAGAUCCACAGACUUUGAGAAUCCCAAAGUUGUGAGCAAGAUGUUUGGCAUCUUUCAGGGGACCACAACAGGAUCAACACAGCAGGUACAGAUUUUGAUUUUUUAUGAUGAUCUUCAAAGAGCAUAAAAUAAAUGAAUUUGGUAUGUGCACGAGACUGUAAAGGGUCAUAAUGUGGAAAAUGGAUGGCAAGGGGGAGUGUGACUUUACUGGGUGCUGAGAAGUUAAGAUUCAUCAUGAGUACCACAAUCUCAUGAUGGAUUGAGAAUUAUUUGGGCAUAGGGUCAGGGUGGGGUCAGUGCUCAGAAACUUUGCUAUCGUGUAUCAACAGGCAGAGAAGUGUAUUGUUUUGCCUUGAUAUCUUAUGUAUCUUUCUGGUAAAGGUCGAUAAUACCUUUCUAACAUAGCUAUUUAACCCAAAAGGCAACAGAAGUGACACCUGAUCAUCGGAGGACUCCCGCUGGAGUGCGAUUGAAACAGAGAAUAUAUCCAUACCUUCUAAGGUCAAGAAAAGCUGCUGAUCAGUUUCCUGCCUGUUUACAGGUACAUAAGCCAUAUUGCUUUUAAAACCGUUUAAGUCUUAAGAGAGACCAACAUCAAUUUUCUUGUGACAUUAUCAAGGGACAAUCAGUAGGAAAGGCUAUGAGAAUUGAAAAAAUGAUCACCAAAGAGAUAAUGCUUUGAUCUUUUUUCAAAUUCUCUCAACUAAUUCUUCAAGGAAACGUAAAGACCUCAGUAUGGAGAAUUUGAAUGUGGAUAUUGCAGGGGCUUAAAGGAUUUAAGAUGUGACUUUCAAUUAAACAGUUACAUAUUGGUUAAAGGUGAAGUAGCCUGAAUUUCAUCCGAUUACUUCGAGUCGUUAUUACUCCCUCAGUAACGUCUGAAUUGACCGGUUGUUAAUGCCGUCCAGUGACGUCACUACUCCUUGACCUUUGCUUUAAUUCAUGCAAAAAGUAAAACACGAUUUUCAAGUGGCAAACCGAGAAAUCUCGUUUGGAAAUGUCUGCACGAUACAGAACUGCUUUAUUUUUUCGAUCGUAAUUCAUGUUUAACGUUCAAACUAUCAACUCCAUGCAGUAAAACUCUGAACCGGUUGUAUUUCUAUAAUCAAACUCGGUCGCAAUCACGCAAUGAAAUAAACACACACACGCAACACUUAGUUAAAAAACACAACGAUUUGCUUUAAUUGAAAAGAAGCUAUUUGGUCCUUAACGAAGAAAAAAAAACAAGGAAACAAAAAAGAAAAGCUAACAGAAUCAUUACACUUGACGGUGAAAAUAGCAGCAGGUCGAAUUAUAACAUUGACCUCAGAAAACUUCGCGUAAACAAAAUCACCGGCCGCCGAAACCACAAAGCAGCUCUAAAUGAAAAACCUACCGACUCUCCGCAAUGAUUCUUCAUUCGCAGUUCAAUUUAGCAUUUCAGUUUCGAAGGCAAAGGCAAUUUUGCUGUUUAAGAUAAAGAUUAAGCUUAUCGAAAUGUUUGAACUACACGAAAGAAUGCCAGGGAUGCGAUCCGCUGAAUAUCAAGCGACGAUCCCGCUAAAAUUUUUCAUAAUUAUACAUAAUUAUGCGAAUGUUUAGACAAUCAACCAAUCAAAAUCACUACCCGGUUUUCGGGUAGUGAGUGACGUCACUGGAUGGCAUUAACGGCCGGUCGAUUCAGACGUUGUUGAGAGGAGAAAACGACUCGAAGCAAUCAGAUGAAUUUCAGGCUAAAGGUGAAGGCCUUUAUGCCUUUCCUCUGCUUGUCAUUUGAUGAGAUAAUUAUUUCACAGACCUGUUCUGAAUGGUAGUGUGGAUUGUGAAAUUUUUUCUGAUGACAAGCUGUAGUUUUUUCAUAGCAGUUUUUUUUCAUUUUUAACAUGUGAAGUGAAUUGAGUCUUAAUACAACAUGAUAUGUAUGUGUGCAAACAAUAAUACAUUUAUUAAUAAAGCAAGUGUCAGGAAGCUCAAGAGAAAACAAACGAUUUGAGUGAAGAUGACAUUGCACCAAGUCAUAACUGACAGAACAUCCAAGAAACAAGAAAAAAAGGAAAAAAAUUCACUGCCAUUUAUACAUGAUUUAAUGUUGAAUUAACAUCACAACAUAUGGUACAAGAAACGUAAUUGUCAUUGGUGUACUUUUCCUUACAUUAUUCUUGUUUUAAACAGAUAAUUUUUGACAGUUUGUUUGGAAAGGAGCCAAAUGCCAAACUGAGACUGUAUGCUGUUCAGUUUGUUCACCAUGUGUGUUUGUGGAGCUCAGACAAGAUUAUCACCAUGAUGGGUCCUGUGCUUCUUAAUGGAAUGACUAAACUUAUCAGUGAGGAUAAACAGGUUUGAGAGAGAGAAAACUCACUGUUUCUUAAUGUAUUUUGUGUUUGUUCAGUACUCUAAGAUCAUGACGGUACAAUAAACAAUAAAUGUUCUGCAGUGUGUAUCUCAGGCAGAAUCCCAAAAUACUCAAUAUGACCCAAAGACAAGGUUUGUAAAAGCUUUUAUAAUGACUUUGUUGGUUCAUUGGCAGGAUCCAAAACUAAGGAGGUUGGCAUACACAGCAAUUGGAAAACUGGCAAAGUAAGUUUUCAAAGUUUCGUCAAUGUCUAGGAUCAAGUUCUUAAACCAAAUUUGCUUCUCAUGCUAUGUUUAUUUUGCAAUCAGGCGAAUUCCUGUGCUUUUCUGCAAAGAUGUUGCACUUAUUCAGAGGCUCUUCCAAGCUCUCUGCCAGGUUGGUACAGUGUAUGAUAAUGCUGCCAUGAGGUGGUUACCGGUAUUUAUUGUGCUUCAUUUAUGCUAUACUGAGAUGCCUUUUCAUGGUAAUUUAUUAGGACUAAAAUGUUUUGCUUAUAAAUGCCUUGUGACCUGAGCAAAAAUCUUGAACAUUCUUUGAGGAUUCUUAUAAUGAGGAACUUAUUUAAGCAAUGUUAUGCAAGGUGUUUUUUCUAUCCCUCUGUCAAGGGAUCCAUGGAUAUCAUGUUUUGUUUCCCGCUCUAACACACAGGAGCAGAUAUUACUGUGAGGACAAGGAUGAGUUGGGACAGCUCAAGAUGUUUUUUGAUCAUCUGACUCUGUCUUUCACCAUAUUGAAAGCUCCUCUGUUAUCCUGGCCUAAUAAUGAUUCCUUUUUUUUCAGGAAGAGUCUGAUACUCGCCUCGCAGUACAAGAAGCUCUCUCCAUGAUGGCCCCAUCCUACAAGAAUGCUGAUAGUACUAUCUUAGCCCUCAUAGAGGCACUUAUACUUAACUAUGUGCAGCAGGUACCUACCUUUUACAAUACCAACAACAACUUGUCACUUCCAGAGCCAAUGAUCUGACUUGCCAUUAAAAAUCAUGUUUUAACCAGCAGCGCAAGAACAUGCUGUUAGUAAAGUGGACUAAGCACCUUGUGUUGGGUUAAAGGCUUAGAGCAAGUGUAUCUAUAGACAAUACAGUUAUUUGUUUCUGUAGGAUUGUCUCAGUCUAUACAUACAAUUAUAGAGAACAGUUUUAAACGUCUGUGCUGAUAAGUCUCUCUUGAAAUGUGGUCAUCUGUUGCCAAGUGAUGUGGUAACAAAUUUGUCUUCAUUUUGUGGUCAUAAUCAAUUUCUCCUUUCUUCUGCAAGGAUACCCACCAAGCAAGACUUGUUGCUGUGCAGUUUGCCAAUGCUGUGUUUCCUCGAACUCACAUACCAUCACGUUAUGUGUGUAUGCUUGCUGUGGCUGAUCUGUAAGUCAUCACGUAAACAAUCUCAUGUACAUGUAACAUUAACAUCCUAUUAAUGAAAUAAAAAGUCAUUAAUUGAGAACCACUUAAUUGGCAACAAGUUUCUUUCCUCAGGGAUCUAUGAUGAGCCAUUUCUUAUACACCAAAAAAUGGAAUAAAGUUACUGAAACCGAGAAUAGAAAAGAUUCAACACCGUAAUAAGAUAGCGACCUUUUUCAAGUUUAGUGAAUUGUUGAUGACAUGGGUCGUUUGGAUCAUCCACAGUGUAAAAGGUUUUCAUCAUUUUCAAUUAGCGGCUAAAUUUAGUAAGACAUGUUCAAUAGCAGCAUAAAUACUGUUCACAGUUCGUCCUUAACUGGCUCCUUAUAUUUGAAGACUAUAUAUAUAUCUGCCAAAGCAAGCAUUUCAGAGCUUGACCACUGUCUGUACUGUACCUUUUCUUACUGUAGAAAAGAUGAUGUAAAAGAAGAAGCCAAAAGAGGAUUAAGAGCGUCACAAGUUCAUGACAAAGAAUCGGCCGAUAAUGAUAACUCUGAGGAAAUCGUUCUCCCUGCUUUUCCUGAGUUGGUGUCAUUUGUGUCGCAGAAGGUAACGAACCCUAAGAUCAAACUUGAAAUUCUCAUUUCUUGCUGAAAUGCAGUGCUUAUACAAGCAGUGGGGAGAAGGUGAUAAAAUAUGAAGCAAAUUCAUUUUCUGUGAUCAUGUUGUUAAUUCUGAUCACCACUCUGUUGUACAAAGCAUUGACAUCACAUGGAGAUAUUCGACAUUUAAAUAUUUAACAAAGAAAGACUGCUAGACUGUUCACAGUGCCCUAUUUUUUCGUGAGAUCGUCGAAAUAUAGCGCGUCUUACCGUUAAUGGAGGCCAUUUUGAUUUUCAAAUGGACGUGACGCAAAGCGCUCGACCUCGACGGAAAAAUAGAGGACUGUGAACAGUCUGAAAACUGCUUAAAUAGUAAUUUAAUUGCGUUAAGAAUGGUACCUCUUACCAAUAACGUAAAGUUACUCUCUUGACCGAGCUUUCUUUUAAAAUGGAAUGAAAUGCAAAUGACCAUAUAUUAGAGAACAUGGUUAAAGAUAAUAAACACGACAGUCUAGCAGAAUAAAAGCGGGAAAAUCUAUUUUCCAUACAGUUACAACAUCCUUUCAUCAUGAAAUCACGUAAAGAUAACUGUUGGAGAACUUGUUUUGGAAAAGGAUUGCAAGGACUAUGAAAAAGAAUGUUAUGUAAUAUAUCUUGUUGAUCUAACUUUAGAGCCAUCAAAGACUGCGAGGCAAACAUUGCUACACAGCCGGUACCACUGCACUACCUUUUAAUCCGCCUGUAUUUUCACAGGUAGGGAAAUUUAUUUGGGUUGGGUAAUCUUAGUAGUAUGAUGAGGACGUUUUAUUCCUCUUUUUGUCAAAGAUGAUCAUGUCAAAAAAAACGUAUUGAAAUCUGAAUUACAGUAAUUGGCCAAAAAAAAAAACAACAACUAGUGAUUCAGUUUUAAAGCAUUUCUUUACAUUUUCACAAGGUACAAAAAGGUUACAUUCAUUGUUUAGCAUGUACGUAUCCUAUGAGGCAAAACCUUGAACUUCUUGAAAUGACCUCACCUCCCCCCUUAAACAGUAUCCGGAGCAUGUCAACUGUAGUGCUUAGUCUAGACUACCAGCACUUCUUUUUUGCCUCGAGAACUAGCGCGAACGCAAAAGUACCCGAAUAUAGCUGAAAUCGUCUCCUGCGAGGAUGUCUCCCUUUUGCGUGUCACCUCUCCUCGCGGGUGGAUAUCGCGUGUAUUUAGGCUAUUGACAAGAUAGGUAUGCAUAUUAAUUGAUCCAUAUGGUCUUGGAAAGGCUGAUCAACCUAAGUUGUGGAACUCAAGCUAUCUCCACGAGCUCUAUUAAAACUUUAAAUGUUCUGGAGAUCGUAAAUAAGACGUCCUUAAAACUGAGCACGUUGUCAGAGAAAACAGAGACAGUUUUUUGUCUCAUACAACUUGUCUGGGAUGACGUGGUUACUCUUGAAGCCGAUGCCCUCACUUGACAUUUUCUUUGUCUGCUUGUAUCAGGUUCUUUUGUAUUUGCAAAGAUGUCUGGAACACGCAGCAGGAGUAACUGAAGAGGACAGAGUCAAAAACUGCAUUCUUCCUUCUGUCGCUCGAUAUGUGAAAAAACUGUUAAUGGGUCCUGACUCAGGAGGUGCGUGUGAUCACUUUAAUCUGUUACUAGAAAACGUGACGUUUGGAAUAAAUAGAGUGGAAGAGAAGCAAACAAGGCUGAAUAAAGAAGCAACAUGCUCGCUAUGAGAAAAAUCUAAAUCAAUCUUUGCAAAACGAGUUGUUCCUUCUCGUUAUUAGUUAGUUGGUGUAAAAUUACGGCCAUUUUUUUAAUUUUAAGACUCAAAGGCAUUUUUAACGUUUUGAGUUUUAGAUUUUUCAUCAAGUACAAUGGGAAAAUAUAUUGACCUUUCAAGACAAGCACUUCAGCCCAUUGGAGGUAUGUACCGAGUAGUUGUAACUUAACUUCUUGAACUCGCUUACAGUUUCAUAUUAUUGAGUUUCAGGAAUACUGAAAAAAAGUUCCAUCCUGGCUAACUGUAUACACAGCUGAACAAGUGAUGGGCUAAGCCAACAAAAUGGCAAUAUUUUAGCGUAGUCUGAAAAAUAGACAGUUUUGUUUGUACCAUGGAGUUAAACAUUUUGAACUUGUGGCCAACGCGUCGAGGGCCCUCAAUUUGUGUGGCACAAAUAUAUAAGCGUAGAUAUAACGACUUGCUCCUGUAGCUUAUCAAUAAAACAUUUCCCGGCACACGAUUUCUCGCCGAACUUUGUCGAAAUCGCUGGCUUUUCAUGAUAAUCGUUGCUUUUCUUUUAGGGGCUGAUCUUCAUGCUGUCGCUCUUUGCUGUCUUCUUCAAGUCAUUGCAGUGGCACCCAAACUGUUAGCUGGAAUAUUUCAUGAAAAGCUUGACUGGAUAAAGGCAAGUUAUUUUUUUAAGAAGCGGGAAUACAAGCAAAGUCACAAAGAGUUUUCAUUUGAACAGGCAAUUUUUAAGAUUCCAUUUACAGCACAAUAAAUAGCACCGCAGGAAAGCACUUGGAAAGGAAAGUAUUUGAAUGGUCACAUUUAGGAUUUCGUUUAGUUAGGAUUACGUUUUGCAGCUGUAUGCAUAAACUGUACUUUUUUUCAGCACUACUGAGAAACUCAUCUGUAUGGACAACUUUGAGGAUACGCUUUGACACUACAACCACCUUUUGCUGCGCCCACUAGCUUGUGAUUGUCGUUCUUUUUUUAGCCACAGCGUAGAAACCUUGAGACAGGUUAAACGUUAGCGCGUGUCCUACGACAAAGUUGCGUGGUCUAUUAAUCGUUUUGAGCAGACCAUUCCAGACAUAUCUAGCUGAUUUCAGUGGUGCCCAAGUCGCGAUAUGGCCACUUCCAAUCACUAAUCGAGCGCAUCCUUAUAUUUUGUAGAGUUUUACAUUCUCAAGUAGAGAAGAUGCCCGACAGUACGCUGGUCAGUUACUAGCUGUUGUUACGUGCACAAUGGGCGAGAAUUCGUUUUUAAAUGUGAUUAAAGAACUCAACAAAGAUCUUGAUAGCGAGGUAAAGUUUAUUAAAAUAUAUUUUUUGAAUAACUAUAAGAUAAUUGCGACUAUCUUUAUUUACGAAAGCUUUCAUUAAAUAAUUAAAUAUAAGACUGUAUAGUGUUCAACUGAAAAUUAAAUGAAAAGACAAUUUGAAGAUAUCGAUAAACAUAUAUGUGAACUGCGCUUCUCAAACUCAUUAAUAAUUCAGAAAGAAAAUACAAAGAAAAUUAAUGUUUAAUGAGUGUUUGGAAAUCGGAUGAAAAACUGCUCAGUAUUUGCAUCCUUAAUUUCUCUUCAAAAAUGAUUUUGUUUGAGAAGAAAUAUCAAACAUUCGACACAGUGUUUCAUCACCAGAUGAAACACCUCGAAGUUCGUCAAAAAUACUCCGCUGCGCGUCGUAUUUUCAACUCUCUUCUUGGUGUUUCAUCUGGUGAUGAAACACUGCGUCUCAUGUUUGAUAUAUUACUUCUCAAACUCAUUAAUAAUUCAGAAAGAAAAUACAAAGAAAAUUAAUGUUUAAUGAGUGUUUGGAAAUCGGAUGAAACACUGCUUAGUAUUUGCAUCCUUAAUUUCUCCUUCAAAAAUGAUUUUGUUUGAGAAGAAAUAUCAAACAUUCGACACAGUGUUUCAUCACCAGAUGAAACACCUCGAAGUUCGUCAAAAAUGCUCCGCUGCGCGUCGUAUUUUCAACUCUCUUCUCGGUGUUUCAUCUGGUGAUGAAACACUGCGUCUCAUGUUUGAUAUAUUACAUGAAGCAUGCGAAAGAUGUGUCAUAAUCCUUCCAGUCACCUUGUGCCUUUAAAAACACCAAAACCUCAAAACUCGUUCAGACGUGAUCUGGAUUGUGGAACCCAUCUUUGUAGCUUGCAGGAUCUAACAUUGUAUCUAACUGGGAUAGACUAAACAUCUUGACGCCACUUUAGCGCUAGUAAUAUACCCGGUGAUGGUGACUAUUUUCCUUUUUUGGGCAAUUUUUGGACUAAAUCUAGCAUAUACUGGUCAUUUGUAGCAAUCUGAGAUGCAACUUGGUUCAGUGAGUACACUCGGCUUCAUCAUAGCACGAUACCUGUAUGAAGAAGGACUAAAAGCUGUUAACAGAGGUGAAAUGUUGGUGGAAGACAUGGAAAUCGAAGGAUCUGCAGACACUGCCAUUAGAUGCAUGGACCUUCUCAGUCAAAGCGUAGAAAGAAUAGGUUAGACACAUAGAUUAAGAGUGUUCCUUAUCCCUUACAAUGGUAAUGUUAGGAUAUGAAGAAAAGGAAAGGUGCAGUGUGAAAUAGCCAGUUCUAGGCUCCGAGAUAGUGAUGAACGCGGAACGCAAAAACCGCAUGGGGGCUGGGGAGGGACGCUGUUCACACCGUUUAUCGCUGGUUCGCUUUUUUACUGCUCGCCCUUAUUUUAAAUUUUUCGCUCGUCUGCAAUCACCAAGAGCCGAGCACAGGCUAAAUGUGAAAAUAGUAUAGGUUCUCUGGUUUUUCCUUUUUUACAAUUUGGCUUUCUUCGGGCAUGUAAGAGCCACUGUUUUUUUCCCUCCUGUUCAAGGUUCCAAAUUUGCAGAGAUCGUGAAAGCUUGUGCAAAAACAGACACGCGGGGGCUGGGGAGAGUAGAGGUCACGCGUGUCGUGUUUUUGCGACGUCCCUGGGUGUCUAGUUGAGAGACUGACACAGGCCAUGUUUUUCAUACCAUUAAAAAGCAGCUGUAAUUCCUUUGUUUUCUAGCCCUUAACGUUUUCCAAUUGCGCCUUGUUAAAAAAACUGUCUUUCGUUCUUUUUCAGUUAGACUUAUCAGCAGUCGAAAUGCAUUAAUAACUUGUUCAGCUUGUAACUCCAUCGCUGAGAUUGGACGUAAUGGACCACUUCCUCUCCCUGCAGGAGUAGAGUCAAUGGAACAAGGUUUGUAACGUCCCCCCCCGCCCCCCGUGGUUGUUGUCGGUUUCAAUGAUAUGGCAAAAGAGUCCUUUGAAGCAGCUUUAUUCUUUGAAAUAGGAAUCGAAACUCCCAAAAAAGUGGAAUGAGUCGGAAAGCCUAAACAACUUAUUGACCCGUUUUUUUUUUGCUACCCACCGUAUUUUGGUGUCAAGUGACGUUUUUGUGCUUUUGUAAUCGUCAGAGAAUACAACGCCUGUGGAGGAUGAAAGUAUCAGCAAGUUGACUGUGGUAGAUAAGCUACUCGAUACUCUACAAAAGGCAAAAGAGAAUAAAGUAUGUACAUGAUUGUUUGGGUCUCAGUCCUUAUUUUCAUAUGACGCGUUUGUUGGUGAAGUAAUAAGGUAAAAAUGAUGAUAAUAGUAAUUAGCAUAACAAUAAGUUUAGGUAAAGACAAGGUGUCUGAGCUCUUCUCACUGCAAUGUAUUUGGUUCUUCACAGAAAAGAAAAAUUAGCUAGGCCUCUCUGCCCCACUUCGUUGAAAACAUGAAAGUUUUUAAAAGUAGUAUACUAGCUGCGGAAUUAAACCCUUUUGUGCGAUAGGGAGAAAACUAUCCAGAUAAACUUUUUUUAUAAAAAGGCAAACUUCACCAAUACAACUGUACUAUUUCUGUAUCUAGGCUGUAUAUCCAAUUGUUCACGUUGGUUUAGUUACAUCACUGUCGUGAAGUGAACUGUUCUUUUUUAUUUGGUAGGUGAAGGAAAAUGCUGCUCAUGCCCUCGGGUUUCUUUUGGUUGGAGAUGAGAAAUUCCCACAUCAUAAAAAACUUAUUGAUGGAUUGUGUGAAGCCUCUAAGGUAAUGACGACCUACUUUUGUUUCAUGUCUUUCCAGCCUUUGGAAACCAAGGAAAUCUAAAGGAAAACGAUAUGUGCGUUAAUGUUGUUAUUGGUGUUUGUCUACGGGUUGUAGCUCUUGCCAUCCUUAGUUACAUUUGUGUUUCAAUAUUGUUGUCAAUCAGACAUGAUAGCUAAUCAUUUUUUAUGCUUUUUUAAACGGGAUACGUUUUUUAUGUGGCUGUCCUCAGAUUCGUCAAGUAGAGCUUCAGUUCACAGUUGGGGAGGCCUUAUCAUGCGCAGGGGCAGGUCGAGCAUCGGAAGUUGCGCGUGAUCCGUGGGCAGUGGAACAACUUCAAAACACUGAUUGUGAAGAGCUGAAAGGAACCAUGCAAGAAUUGAUUGACAUGAUUAUCAAGAAGUAUGCCACUAACCCAGCCCCAUAUGUUCGGCAGGUUAGUAAAAUCGUCUCUGUCCAAAUUGAUUGUUCUUUGUGUUGUUUCAUUCUUUAUUUUGGGCAAAAUCAAACCCGCCAAAAAAUUCGAAAUUUCAUUUCUCAAAAACAAAUGCUACCAUACAACAGAACGAAAUCUUUGAGUGAAUUGUGUUCUAUGGUAUUUUUGUUCGUGGUGUCUUAUGUAUUUCUUUCUUUUCUCAAAAGGCUUCAUGCAUCUGGUUGUUGUCUCUCGUGAAGUAUUCUGGAAAUCACAAUGUUGUUCAGGUUUAGUCAAAUUUGUUGCUCUGUUAUUCAUUAAUAAAUCAAAUUUCCUCUUAUGACCGGUUAAUUUAAUACAGUUAGUUAAGUUUAAUGGUUUAGAAUACCUGACACUUUCUUCCAAUGUUUUAGCCAGCGGGAGAGAGGAUUUUUCAGCUUAUAAGCUCCAGUCAAUUUCAAGGCACAACAAAAUUUUUUGGACAAGAGUAUUUUUUUGGCAAUGAAAUUGAUCGCAAGGAAUUGAAGUCUCUCCGAUGCUUUCUGUAGAAUGAGUUUCCUUUUCUCCACAAACGUUGAAGUUUAGCUCGCCUUGUAAUUUGUAAGAAUUUUAAACCUUGUCAGUUUUUAACAGUUCUCACCGUCAAUGAAUAGGAACUCAUUUGACAGUUUGACAACUUUUUCUUCAGGCAAACCUCAAAGAAAUUCAGAUGGUCUUCAUGAACAUGUUGUCGGAAACAGAUGGUACGAACUAAAUAAAUUUUCUGUUUAAAAGCACUAGGACUGUUUAGAUUUGUACUUCUGUUCAAUGCUAGAAAACUAACUAGUCAUGACGGCGUUCUUCGCAACGUUUGCUUCUUUCUUGUCAGCAAAGACUGAGGGUUCUUUUUGCAGUUGGUUUGAAGUUUGUGGUUUUUGCUCGGAUCAAGAGACUGUGCCUUUGAGUACACAGAAUCGUUUACAUUGUCCACUCUAUAGGUUCUCUUAUACUCUAUGUACCAAGUGGUCUAUCCCUCCACUCCCUGGCAGAUAUCACCUACUGGGUACAGGGAGAAAUUUGAAAUAUUUUAAGUUUCUCACUAUCUUGGGACUUCGGGUAUAGUUUUGUACCAUAAUCGACAAAGAAUUUUAUACCUGCCCUAUUUCAUGAUAUUAAGUCGGUUGUUAACUUAGGAAUGGGAGUUGUAGUUGUGAAAAUACAGAUUAGUUGUUUCAGUAGACAAAUGUUUGUUUUUGUGUAAUCCAGAUCUUACCCAAGAAGUUGCUUCUAAAGGCCUUGGUCUUGUAUAUGAGCACGGUGGAGAAGAAAAUAAGCAAGAACUUGUGUCAUUGUUGGUCGAUACACUGGCAAGUGGCAGAAGGUAAAUCAACCGAACAUUGACCGGAAAGUACUUCUUAAGUACCGAUUCUGGACAGUAUAUUCGUCUGUCAAUAUUCGUUAUUCUUGGAAAUCAAACGAGUGUUGGCUCUAACGUUUCAAUGCAUGGAUCAAAUCCUUGACUUUGAAAGUCGGAAAAGCCAUUGAUUUGUGACUUUGUGAAGGACGUUUUUUAUAUAAACCUUUUUUGCUCCUAUAUGCUUGGUUUACUUAAAGGUUUUGUGGUAGACAUUCCAUUUGAAAUUUGCUGCUAGUUUGUUGCUUUCAUAAAGUAACUGGAACCAAUAAAUAUCGCACGUGUUUCACCAUUUUUUUCAGACGUAACCAGCCUGUUACUGGUGAGACCAAGAUCUUUGAAGAAGGAGCUUUUGAGCGGUAGGUGUAUUGCGGUCAUCUGUCUCUAAAUUCUUUUCUGAUAUAGCCUUUUGGUCAUUUAGGUAAACAGUUUAUUGAAUGCUUUCUUAAUCACAAAAACUAUUUUGUUUUCAUCCUUACGUUAUGGCCGUUUGUUUUUUCAUUUUGCUGAAUGUCGUAGGGGUGGACUAUCAACGUACAAGGAGCUGUGUUCUAUUGCUAGUGAUCUUAACCAACCAGAUCUGGUUUACAAGUUUAUGCAUCUGGCAAACCACAAUGCUCUUUGGAACUCCCGUAAGGUAUCUGCAACAUUCUAAUGACAGUCUUUCCUUUACAUUAAUGAUGCUGUAGACAACAGUUGUUAUUUUUGGUACAGGGUUCGAGUUUUAAGUACAGACGAACCUCCCGUAAGCGACCAUCCAAAAUGCAAAGUUUUACUGGUCGCUUAUGGGAGGUAAUUGCUUACGAGAAGUCGGUCGCAGAUGGAGGUUCGAUUGUAGAAUGGCCGGGUAACUACAAUAAACAGCGCUUUUUGUUUGAACUGUUUUAUUUCUUGGUCUCCUUUGUUUUAGGGUGCAGCUUUUGGAUUCUCAUCUAUAGCAGCUCACUCCAGAGAGCAGCUGGAACCUUACCUUCCCAAAAUCAUUCCAAAGCUAUUCAGGUAAAUUAUUAAAAACCAGGCCAGUCUUCUAAUGAUCAAACAUGAAAUCAGUAAAGGACGACAGCUCGGUAACGCGUCGAACCAAAUCCACACCUUUAUGAAAUGAAGUAUUGCAAUAAUGUCAGUUAACUCAUGAGCCAAAAUUUACUAAAAGUCUUCGCAAGUAUAUUGGUCUCCCGAAUGAUCAGAAAUCUUUGCAGCGAAAGCUUGUAACCAUUUUCCUUGUAGAGUGGCGGCUGGAAUGGUGGGAGGCAAUUCAAAACCAACCAAUUGCAAAAUUUCUAACGACAUUCGCACUGUUGGAUUACCAGGUAUCAAUACGAUCCUAAUGUGAAGAUACAGCAAGCUAUGGCCAGCAUCUGGGCGGCCCUUGUGCCAGAGACAAAGAAAACGGUGUGUUUUUAAAUAAAACUUUCUUAACAGGAACUAGUAGUGACAAAUGUACCUCAAAGCUACUAAAACGGUUCACCAAAAAAACAAUACGAGAUAAUUCCCAAGAUCAUUUGAUGUCAUCUGGAUGACUUUUUGGAACCCGAAGGUCUCCAACCACAUAUUACUGAAUUGAAAAUUAAUAUAUGAAAUGCUGGAAUCAUAUUUUGAACUACGGAUAACGAUAUCAAAGUGAACAUGAUCUACGCAGUAGAAUGAACAACAUACGCGGUUGUAAAGACUGAUGUAAAACAGCUCAAAAUCGCUCAAGAUAUUUCAGUCUUUUAUGUUUUAAGAUAUCCAGCAAUUUAUUUGCACAGAUGCCUGCCUAACGUAGUGUGUGUCUUUCACAUGUCAUUGCGUUCGUAACUUGUUCUUUUAUCCUUGUACUUUUUAGGUUGAUAAAUAUGUGAAUGAAAUACUACAAGACUUGAUGACCAGUUUAGAAAGCAACCUAUGGCGAGUGCGCCAGUCCAGGUAAAAAUGAAGCUUUUAAGGUUUGCCUGUUAGUGAAGGGCCAAAUUCUUCUGCAAUCUCGUUCCCAGCGUCCUCUCCUUUUCUACCUGGGAAAAGCCCUGGGGAAGAGAUUGAUUUUUUUGCUUUAAUUGUUGACUCAGUCCUAUCUUUCAUUGUCUUCCUCUUCAUAGUUGCAUGGCUCUGAGCGAUCUUCUCAGCGGUCGUUCCGUAGAUGACAUGCUUGAAUCGAUCCCCAGACUUUGGGAACUGUGUUUCAGAGCACGUGAUGACAUAAAGGUUUGUUGACGUUUGUUGUAGCGAAGACAUGAUUGUAUCUUGCUAAUUUUUUUUUAACAUUUUAUGUUUUCCAAACCUUUUCUAACGUACUACAAUAUUUAUUUCAGGAAACUGUAAGACAAGCAGCUGAAGUGGCUUGUAGGACAUUAAGUAAGGUAUGGGCUAGACUUUUUUAAUGCCUGGUGUAUGAGACGCCUUUUGGCUUUGUCCCCAUAGUUUUGGAACACAGCAUAGAGUGAUUUCAUUUUGUCAUAUCCGUAAACAGGGAGGUUUUAAACCUCGUUAUUUUGUCUGCCCAGGUUUCCAUUCGUGUUUGUGAUGUGAAUCAGGGCAAAUUAGGUGAAAAGGCGAUCGCUUUAGUUCUACCAACGUUACUACACAAAGGAGUUGGAAGUAAAGCAGAGGAAGUUCGAGCUAUCAGGUAUGAGUGAGUUAGAAAAUUUUCAUUUAAGCACUUAAGUUCUUUGAAAUCAGUUCACCCUUCACCUUACCUUAGCUUGUAUUCUCGUUGAAAUAACUACGUUUUUUGAGACACCAACGUACUUUAAACACACAAAAUGCAUGAAAUGAUCAAUCAUGAAAUAGGAAAUGGUAUAGGAGAAGCCUAUCUAACCGUUUUGGGACCAGAAAUAGCCUCCCCGCAGACGUCCUUUGGGGUUCGUUCGUCACGCAUUCAUUUCUCUCUGUGGGGAAAGAAAUGAAUGCGUGACGAACGAACCCCAAAGGACGUCUGCGGGGAGGCUACACCAGAAAGAGAUGAACGUUAGGAGAAUGUUUCUUUUAAUCUCAGAUAUUAACCUCGGUGUAUUCUCAUUUUAUCAUGCCAGGCAAUACACUUCUAUAGUAACGUUAUGGCUUAUAGUGUUGUUCUUGUGAUUAAAAUAAGAUUAAUCUUCCCGACGAUGGAAACAUGGCCAACGCCCUUAUCAUUGUGCCCUGAGUGGCAGGAUCUAUUGUUUGACGUAUCAUGUUGCCAUGCAUAUGUUGUGCUCGGGAACCAAUGUAUUCCUCAUGUUGAUACUUGUACAACCACAUGGCCGAGCGUUGGACUGUUUUGGAUUCGUUUGAACUCCUCACACGCAACAACACUUAACAAUAUCCAAUGUUGCUAGAUCCAACAAAAUUGGACGAUAGUGGAUCAUUUUGAGCACCUUUAAAGUUGCAGAAGGAAACAUUAGAAGACAAUCAUCUAACAAAUUAAAUAUUUUUUCGUUAUCGACAGCUUAUCUACAAUAGUGAAGAUCAGCAAAAAUGCGGUACGUUGUUGUUUUUUAAUUGUUUUUCUUUCUUCAAGAAGGUAUAGUGUUGCUAAUUAUUUGUGUUGUUAUUUAUCGUACAGGCGCUUUACUUAGCAGUGCUGUUUUUUUUUCUCAGGGUGCAUUGCUAAAGCCUCAUAUACCGUUGUUAGUGAUAGCUCUUUUAGAAUCUCUGAGUGGCUUGGAAAAUCAGGUUUGAGCGUGUUUCAGUUUUCAUUUGAGAGUGCUAAUGUUACGCGUAGAAGACAAAGAAUUAAUGACAUACUAAUGACAGUUUAUUGCAAACGCUGAAGAGAAAUUGUUAAACUUUGUAAUGCAGUUUUUCUCUGUUUGUGCACACUGUUUUAAAUAGUAUCCAUCAAACAAUAAAAAUUUGCUGGGUGACUAACGGAUUGAAAGAAUCAUCAGAAAUUCUUUGUCAAGUUUCAAGUUCUAUAAGUUAAUUGCGCAAAGAAUGUCUAGUUUAUCAAGCUCACAAUCUUUUGUAGAUUCAUUUCGUGCACAUGCUAGUCACAAAAUAUUUUUCCAGAAACAUUUUUAUUUAACGCAAGGUACAAACGCCGUAUUUCUGAUCGCUUUUUCAACAGUCAAUGAACUAUCUAAGUCUCCAGUUACAUAAAAGUGAGGAAGUUCAAGAAAAGGUGGGCUUUUUUGUUCUUGUAUUAUUUCUGUUGGUGUUACCUCACUACUUUUCUCAAAAUGCCAAUGCCUUUUUCUCUUUUUUUCGGUUCUCAGCUUGAAGGCGUCAGAAUUGCUGCUUCCAAAAUGUCUCCCAUGAUGGAAACCAUCAACAUGGUGAAUGUUAACAUUAUUGUUAAAUGUCAGUUUUAUGUGUGCGGUUUGUACCUUAGCCUGCGAAAACAUCCGUUUCUCCUUACUCUUCGCCGCUCGCGAAAUGUCCCCAGCGGCGAAGAGCGAGGAGAAACGGAUGUUUUCGCAGGCUAUUUGAAACUCGUUUUGAUAAUUAUUUGUUCUGUUUUAGUGUGUUCAAUAUGUUGACAGUACAGUCCUGCCAGAACUCGUUCCCAGACUUUCCGAUCUGUUGCGAACCGGCAUAGGACUAGGAACAAAGGUAACUUCAUUUCGUCAGGUUUUUUUGACAGUGAAUUGCUGAGAUGAGAAAUUAAAAACAUGAGUAACGCGAUUCUAAUGUUUUUUAGGCAGGGAGUGCCGGUUUUGUUGUUUCCCUGACUAUGCAGUGUUCUCAAGAUUUGACGCCCUUUGCUGGUAAGACUCCUAUUACGAGCAGUUUCUGUACCUUAUUAAUGGUCUGUCCAGUUGGAACGAAUACACACGGUUACUAAUAAAUGUGAACGAACAAAGUUGGUACGAAAAGUACAUUUGUUGAACUUAAAUAUGUAACUGAAUUAUUCUUUUUCGCCUUUCUCCCCAUCUAAGUUAUAACCUCCGCAAGAUAUGGUAUACCUCUGUUCUAGUUCUGAUGCUGAACUCGCUAACCAUUUGGCCAUUUUACAUGAAUGAGGAUAUUAAUACAAUAAUAUUUUUCCUCGUUUUUUAACCAACAGGAAAGCUUCUAAAUGCAUUGCUGUCAGGAUUAAGUGAUCGUAGCGCUUCUGUCAGGAAAUCCUACGCCACAGCUAUUGGACAUUUGGUCAAGGUAACAACAUACUGUGUUGACCUAAGAAACAAACACGUUAAAAUUUGUUUCAUUCAAUCUCAUUCCUUACAUGAAUUUUAUAACUAUUGUGCACGUAGCGCCAUAGAUAUGACUAAUUGAUGAAUUGAUCGCUUUUCAGGUCGCAAAGGACAGUAGCGUAGAGAAAGCUAUUGAUAAAAUAAAGAACUGGUACUUUGAAAAAGAAGGUAACUUUUACUGCUUGAUGUGAAGAAAUUGUUUCAUCUCGCCUAUCUAAUACUCUAAUACACGACUGAAUUUUCUUUCAGACAAAGGCCUGCGGUUAGCCUGCGGUCUUACCCUUCAGGCUGUGUCGCGAUAUUCCCCGGAUGUAAUGAAGCGUCACGCAGCUAAAGCUUUGCCAGCGGUUUUCUUUGCUAUGCACGGAAUGAAGGAAUCGACAGAUGGAGGUAACAUUGACUAGUCAUUGUCGUUGAUAAAAUCAUGUUAACAAAGGCUGGCUAACGCCACGUAUUGUGACAUUUGGAUCAGCUGCUGUUUUAAAUUUCUUCCUCGGGCUACUUCUGUUUGUAUGAGAAAUUGACUUGAGUAGGAACGCUAUCUUUUCGUCAUUAAUUUAAUGAAAAUGAACGUAAAAGUUUUUUUUAAAACUGGGAAGUGCUGCACGAACUCUCAAUCAAAGAUACAAAAAGAUAUUUUUCAUUUAACAAAUCAAAGCAGAUACAUUUAACAGACUCAAAGCAAGGAAACGUUGUUCUUGCAAUAAAUAGGUUUUACAUCUUAUUGGUGAACAACUUGUCGAGAGAGUUUUGCCCCAACAAGAAAGAUGUGGGGUGGUGGAACAAAAGCAGGAGGUGCAUAGUUUGAACUUCAUCAAAUUUCAGUGUAGACUGGUUUAAGGUGUGGUUAUGUUUACAGGAAACAACAGCACAUCUUCUAAUGAGUCACUGUGGGAAGAAAUUUGGCUGGAAAAUACAGCAGGUAAUAAGGAUGUGUUAUUAUUUUCUAUUGUCUUAGGACGAUUAAACGGCUCAGAUGCGAGUACAGAUGUAUACUGACUGAGUUACUCCCUUAGAAACAAGUAUAGCAAGUGGCACACAAUGAUGAAAUUCUCUUCGUGGUCGGCGGGGAGAUGGGCCUUGUAACAAGCAACUCCAGAGAGUGUUCAGAGCAACCUUACCUGGGUGGGGUGGGUCUGGCUCACUUCAGGUCUUGCACGCUGACCACUCUGCCUGUAUCUACAAGCGUUGCUAUGAUCAUGUGUUUGUAGUUUGAUCACGUGCAUCUCGUUUCAGGUACCGAGGCGGGCAUAAGACUUUACUCAGAUGAAAUAGUCUCGAUCACGUGUUCUGCACUGACGUCACAGUCAUGGACAACUAAGGCCCAGGCUGCUGUAACAAUAUCGGCCAUAGCGCUGAAGCUUGGUAAGAUUGUUAAUUUAAAAGAGCUGCUUUUUUCAGUUAAAGCCAUGCUAAAACUAACGUUAAAUGCCUUUUUGGUGGAUGAAAGUUUUCGAAAACUCUCUCUGGAAGAUAGCGAAAGAAUUCUUGAAGGGAAAUUUCGCCUACAGACUCAAUCUUUUCAUCUUACCUCAUGAAUUUUGAGACAUCAGGGAUGUUGUUUAUUCUGUCGUUCAUUUUGUUUGCUUUUUUUUUCUCUGUUAACACUCCUUCCUCUCUGUACUCAGGAAACUCUCUUUCCCAACCCUACCUUGGUCAGUUGCUUGGUGCUUUGGUCAGCGGAUUGGCUGGCAGGACUUGGACUGGAAAAGUAUGGGCUUUGAUAACAGUCUUUCCGACUCUUUUUCUUUUCUUUUCUUGUCCAUAACCAUAACUCCUUUUCACUCUUGGCAAGUCGUGAAAUUAUUAUCUCUUUUUUAGGAAUCGUUAUUAUCUGCAGUUUCUUGUGUUUGUAUAAAAUGCAGGUAUGUUGUGUAUUAUAACAUGUUUCAACUAGCGUUAAUUUGAGUUGUCAUCCCGGAGGAGCUCAUCCAUAUCCUAAGACAUUGAAACCAAUUAUUGUAGCUUAAGGCACAGUAGCACAAACCGAACAUCAUGCCUAAAUGGUCUCUAUUAUCCCCACCUCAUUGCUAAUGAAAAGUGCACAGGCAGACGGGGAGAAAUAAGAUGCCUAUUCAGAUUGCUUAAGCGUUAUGAUACAGGUCAGAAUGUUUAACAAGCGUUUAUUUUGUUAGGAAACCCAUGGAGGAGUCCUCACCUAAAGUGGAUCCUGAUGUUUCAAAAGUGAGUCAAAAGACAGAAAGGUCUACAGCGUAAUCAAAGGAUGUAAAUUGCUCAGUAUGAAACGGUUGUUUAUAACAAGACUGAUUGUGCCUCUUAGAAAUGUCUGAUUUAUCCUAUGUAGAUCUGGCCGCGGUUGUUCAAACGUUGGAUAGCGCUAUCCACAGGAUAAAAAUCUAUCCAAUGGAUAGCGCAAUUGGUUUCCCUAAUACUUAUCCGCUGGGUAGUGAUUUAUCCGGUGGAUAGCGCUAUCCAACGUUUGAAUAACCGGGGCCUGAGUACUUCAUCAGCAAUUCGAUAACGCUGACUAAGAAAAAUACCUCUUCCCUCACCAUUCCUUCAUACCUUCGUCUUCAUUAAAGUGGCUUAAUACUGGUUAGGUUCAGCGUCGUGCAUGUCAAGUGUGGCCUACACAUUGAGAGUUGAACCUGCUUGGUACGGCAAACUAAUUAUUGCUACCCUAUCUCUCUUGGAUAAAAUGCUUUUUCCUUGUAGGGUAACUCCAGGGCAUGAAGUUACUGACCCCUGUUUGAAUACCUUGCUGAAGAGAACCCGCUCCGUGGGACAAACUUGAUCGGCGUCUCGUUAGUUAUCACGCAUUCUCGUUUUCUAUAAUGACGGCCCGAAAGGUGCAAUUUCCUUCAAGGGCCUUUUUUUCUAUUUUCUUUGACAUGGUUGAUAAGUAAAUAGGAUUAUUAGAUGUCAACAAAGAGGAAAGAUGAAUUUGUCUCCUUUCUUCAGGUAUUGGACUCGAUAUACAAGGAAUGUAGGAAAGAAAAUCCCACAUAUAAGAUGGCUGCGUUAAAAUGCUUUGGAGAAAUCGUUCAGGAAUAUUCUAUCGACAGGUUUCAGCAACUAUCAGAGCUCCUCUUUCCUAUCAUUGCCCCGGUGAGUUUCUUGUUUUCUUAAAUUAACAUUUUGUGUGCCAAAUUAAACCUUUGCAUGCGCUAUUUUCUCCGGAGCAACGUAUCUUCAUUGUUUAAAGGUGAUCUUGAACGAGACGAUUCGCAACGACGAUUUUUAGUGCAACACAGCGGUUCAACAUUGUUGCGACAUUGUUUCGAAUGGUUACAACAUUUUCCCAGCAUUACAACGCGGUGUUGCGCUAAAAAUCGUCGUUGCGAAUCGUCCCGUGUAACAUCACCUUAAGUUGCGUUGUCCCUCGAGAUGCUAGUAGCACGUACUAUUUAUUUUUCUUAACCUCGAGCUGAACUCUUUUUUACGAUCCACUCGCCUUUGAAUUUAGUUGAAAAUAAUGUUCCUUUUUUUCUGAAAUAACGAGAGUUUUCGUGAGAAAUUUGUAUUUAACAAGAAUACCCAAAAUAUUACAUUCUAUAGUUCAGUAAGUUCUAUCUUUAAAGCUGGCUCUUUGCUUUGUGUUCCUACUGUACUAUAUGCAAUAAAAUUCCGAAAAUAAGCCCCUCCAUGUAUAAGCACCUCCAAAUAUAAGCACCCCAAUCUCGUAACGCAAAAAACCCUCCGUUACAUCGCUCCUCCAAAUAUAAGCCCCCCGAGGACUUGGAAAUUGCCCUCAAACACAAAGUAAAACAAAGCAAAACCGGUAAAUUUCCUUCCACUUAUAAGGCUAGCCCAAUCGAUUUUGAAACGCAAAUUUCCCUCCGUAGAUAAGCCCCUCCGAAUGUAAGCCCCUCCAAAAAUAAGCCCCUCAAGGGGCCUUUGAAAAAUAUAAGCCCCGGGGCUCAUUUUCGGAAUUUUUUACGGUGUUUUAAGAAUUACAUAUAAUGUACUAUCUGGACCGUUACUGCCCUAGCAAAAGUUUAUAGGUGUGUAUCUGCUGCACACUCAAAUCGUCUUUGAUGUGCAUUGUUUAAUCAUCAGGAACCAAAAGAUGAAGGAGAAGAUGAAGACGAAAUUGAGGAGGAGGAAGAAAAGGAUAAAAAGGUCAAUCAAGAAUUUUUAGUUUGUGCAUUUGAAUGUCUUGGACGGUCAUGGCCAAAAAAUGCGGUAGACUCACAAGGUAAUUUAUGAAAAAGUUGUUGUAAAUUCUGCUGCGAAAGAAUGUUUUGUUGGGGUAAUUUCCCCCCAGCUUUGGAAAGCAUAAAACUGCUGUCAACCUCCUAGAGGUAGCACAUGAAAUGCUUUGAUGUAUAGUUGAUACCGUUAAUCAAUAUGAAAGGUCUUCAUAAGCAAAGGACAUCAUUACUCAAGUUUAUUUCCUCUUAGUACUUUAACAACUUUUCCUUGCUAAUUUUAUUCUACGAGAGGCCAAAAAAUGGUAUUGUACCGGAUAUUACCCUGCGUAACAGGCGUUAAAAGAGGAAGGGUGGAUCCGGGUGCGCGAGAACGCCAGGAGGGGGAAGUGAGGAACGCUGUUUACGCCCCCCCUUCCCCCCUCCCUUCUCCCUCGCGCGCGAUUUCCCUUUCCUUUCCCUUUGGAACGCCUGACAUGCAGGAUAGCUAGAUAUUAGUGAUUGCUUCUGGCAUAGAAAAUAAAACAACUUUACAUGAGUGAGAACGUUUUUUGAGACUAUUUGAUGCGAAACUUUAUGUCACACACAUGUCUGCACACAGGAUAACAUUUUUUCAUCAAAGCUAAAUUAUCAAAAUAGAAAUUCUCCUGCUUCCUACUCCUCUUAAAGUAAAUACCAUUGUAUCAGAUAAAGAAAUAUGAAAAUAAUAAUGAUAAAUUAAGAGUAGAGUAAAUUUGUUUGUGUAUCAAUAAAAUAUUUGUCUAAAUGCCCAUCAUGACCGUGACUUGAAGUGCUCCAAUUUUCCCUCUAUUUUGUACCAUUUUUUUUUUUCUCACAGAUAAAUAUGGAGAACGUUUCUGCUCAAUAAUCACAACUGCUCUCACUUCAAACACGUGGAAAGUACAAGUCGUUUUAUUGGCGGCCAUUAAGUUGUUUAUCGAAAGGUUAGUUUUUAUUUUUUGUUUGUUAUUUUUAAAGGCUUGUUUCUCGUUCAUUGCACAUGUUGUAUAUGAUGAUUUUUUCCUCACUUAUUUUCUUGCUCAUCAGAAUGGACUGGACUUAUGGAACUCCGGACGGGGGAGGAGAGGAGAGUAUUGACAGGAUAACAAUGCUGAGAAAUCUUCUUGAACAGUUCAUACCACCCGUCUGUGAAUGUUUAGGUUUGUUACAUCGUUUGCGAAGAUACAACGUUUAAUCGUACUCUUUAACCAUCUACAUUUUCUUCUGUGGAAUAUCAUGUUCUUCCAAUCUAACUUCUUGUUGUUCUGCUUGGAAAUGAUACACAAAUGAGUUUUUGUUUAAUUGAUGUGUUACCUCGAAAUUUUACGUUUGUUUUUUGUUUGCUUUCCUCCUUAUAUAGAAGUUAAAAAGUAUGCUGCAGUACGCCUUGGAGCUGUUGAUGUAUUGGACGCGGUACACUCGGCCCUUAAAGGUAAAAGCCUGCUUGCUUGUUUGCCUUAUGAACGUCUCAACGGGUUUUUAAUAUGCAAACAGUUUGGAAGCAUUAUUUUCAUCUACAUCUACAUCAGAAACUAUGUAGUUAUCACGCUAACGUUAAAUUAGGAAGAAAAAGAUUUGAAAUUUAGCGAAAAAAAAACAAAUAAUAUAAAAAUAAAUAAAUAAAUAAUAAUAGAUAAAUAAUAAAUGAUAAAUAAUUUAUAAAAAAAAUAAAUAAUAAGUAAUAAAUAGUUUUAUUACAACUCCAUAAAAGCUGACUUUAAAUUUGCUUUUAGUCUCUGCCCCUAGGAUGGAUAGUUUCAUUAAGUUUUUGAAUAGUUUUGUACUGUAGAUCUUCUUCUUUAAUUAGGAUAUCAUCCAAGACUGGCAAAAGCCAACUGAAAACGGAGAGUCAUCGUAGUUGGCUUUUUUCCAAAACGGCUAUCUCUGCCAGUCAUCAGUAAUAACGUGAAACCCAUUUUCAGUAAAACAGGCGUAAUUAACUUUGUUGUAACUCCUAGUUCCAAGUUACAAUAAGUACUUACUUGCUGACUUGAUUUUGCUCCAGGGCACAUUCGCUUAUCGUUACUGACUGAAGAACAGAUGGAGCAUAUACUAGACAGCCUUAAAUAUGUCUACAGUGAUAAGGAACCAAAUAUACGAGAGAAAGCCGCGGAACUGAAGAAGAAACUGACCUCUCUUGGUGCGUAGCAAAAUAUCCGGGAAUAAAAAGUUCUACACUGAAAAUGUGAAGCAAGAAGAAUUCCCUCCCAGUGUUCAUUUGAGAGCUAAGUAUAGAGACAAAAACAAUUACCUUCUUCAAGAUCUGCACAAGGAAAUCAUUAGAAUUAUAGCUGUGAAGGUACUUGGAUUUUCUAUUGCCAUGCGCAUGUUGUAACAGAGAUCAAUGAAAGCGUAAAGAAUUCUUCAACUUGUGAUGGAUAAUGCCGCCUCGCUCUGGACAAGGAAUAAGGAACUCGGAGGACGAUGACAGCUGACCGGUUAUAUGGCUGCGGUGGACCGAGCUAGCCCUCAAAACAGGCGUUGUUUGUUCGCGUUUUUCAAGUGAGCGAAGGCGCAAGCGCAAAGCGAGCGAGGAGCGUCAGACACGAGACGCGCGAUGGGGAAGUGUGUGACUUUCGUGCGUGUCACGUAAAAUUAAAACUGAAUCAGAUGACAGUUUUAAAUAGCAGUGUAGCCUUAAGUAGUCGAUUGUUAAUGACGAAGAAAGAUAUCAAAUAUUAAGCCUGAUACCCGAUGGAAAUCCAUGAUUCUCCAUGGAUCCAGCACGCCCCUAAUCACUUGGUUUAACGGAAGAAUGCGGCGGGAUGUGCUAUACUUUGGUCAUGCGCCUUAGCCAAGUAUUUUCCCUAGGAAAACAUUUGAUCAACAACGCUGUUGAGAAUUAAUUAAGUUAUUUAAAAUAAAUUCUUCCAAGGACUUCAUUAUUCACUUAAAUUCUUUUAAUCAAUAUCUUUGCGGGUUUUAAUUGUCCAAUAAUCUGUAACCUUUUGAUAUUAUUUAUCAUUUCCGGAAUAAAACACUUCAUAUUUCAAUU